UCCAGUUUUGGCGGGCUGGUGGCUAAUAUGCACGAAGUCUUGGACCAUUUUUAUUGUUCGUAAAACCUUUGUUUUAAUAGUGAAAAAUGGUAACGCCGUUUAUGAAAGCAGAAUUAACUGCAGCAGUUACUAGUUUGGGUUAUGCAGAAGGCAAUAAAUACUUCAAAGAUCAAUAUUGUCUAGAGGCUCUAAAGGAUUUGAUUCGUUAUCUUCGUAGAGACGAUGAUACUCUGGGAAUCAGAAGGGAACUUGGGCAGAUGAAACUUGUUCAAACAAAUCUGAUUCCAAUUAUUUGUGAACAUCACAGUGAUGAAACCUUAUUCGAUGUUGUACUUCGUCUUCUUGUCAAUUUAACAAAUCCUUCCUUGUUACUUUUUAACGAAGAGCUGCCCACUGAGAAAGUUGCAAGAAACUAUUAUCUCCAGCAUGUCAGUCACUUACAGAGCUACAAACCAAAUUUGGCAUCUGAUAAAUUCUGGAUGGUUUUAACAGAUAAACUGAAACUACUCUUAGUCAAAGAACCAGAAGAUCGAUUGGAGGAUGACAAAUUGCUAACAGAGAGAAUCCUGAUUCUGAUACGAAACAUUUUAGAUAUCCCUAUAACGCCAGAAGAUGAGAAACGAACAGACGAUGACGCGAGCGUUCAUGAUCAGGUGCUGUGGUCCAUGCAUCUGUCUGGGAUGGAAGACGUGAUCAUUUACCUUGCAUCCAAUGAAAACGAACGUCACUUCUGUAUGCAUGUGAUGGAAAUUAUAUCUCUCAUGCUUCGCGAGCAAAAUCCGGCCACGCUUGCCCAAGCAGCCGCACAGCGUUCGCUUGCCGAAAAGCAGAAAGACACGGAAGAAUUGGUCGCCAUGGUGCAAAAAGAAAGCAGCGAACGGGAAGCUCGCUAUAAGAAGAUGACGGCCUCUAGGAGUUCCAUUUUCCGCGGAACUUUCUGCGUCAAAGACGUCAAGUCGAUCAGCGACAAAGACCUAAUCGUUCACCGUACGUUGACCGAUGGUAAACCUAUCGACUUCAAUCAGAAGAAGGUGGCUAAAAGAAAGGCCAAAAAUCGCAUGCCAUUACCGAACUGCGACGUGACUCGCAAGUCGACUCUCUCCAUCCGCCUCAUGCUGAAAGAAUUCUGUCUCCAGCUGCUCAAUGGAGCCUACAAUUCUCUAAUGCACAUCGUCAAAGAUUGCCUGAUUCGCUUGAAAACCCAGGAUCACGAUGAGACAUAUUACUUAUGGGCCCUAAAGUUUUUCAUGGAAUUCAACCGUCAUACGGGGAAAUUCCGAGUCGAGCUGGUCAGCGAGACCAUGUCGGUCGGGCUCUUUCAUUACAUUCAGACGCAGGUUCAAACGUACUCUGAAUCCAUUACUGUGGACAAAAAGAAAGCGGCUGUAUGGUCCCGUCGCCUUCACGUUGCCCUGCGCGCUUACCAAGAGUUAUUGAUGACUCUGAACGCCAUGGAUAAAUGUGGCACUGAGUCCGUCCGCAAGUCGUCCGAGGUCCUAAAAAGCAACGUCUUCUACGUCCCGGAGUACCGUGAAAUGUGCCUCGUUUUGCUGCUGAACUACAAGGAAACGCAACACUCGCUCGACUACCUGAAAGAUUUGGUCGAGACCAAUCACAUUUUCCUCAAAUUAUUCGAACAGUUUAGCAAAGGCAAACGGCACCUCAUCGUCCAAAGCAAAUCGAGAGCGCCUCAAAAGCGGAAGAAGGCCAAGAAAAAGAAAUUGGAGGGCGAGGAAACAUCUACGCCCCCGCCAACAUUCGAUGAAAUUGCCGUUGAGAUCAGCUCCGCCCUACAAGAGCAACCGACUCUAACCGACGACGUUGCGCCAUACGACGCUGCCUCCGAUCUUCCGAUGGAUGAUCAAAAGGUUUUAGCCAUGGGCAAGAUUCAGAAACUGCUGAAAGAGGCGAAGAUCCAUGUGGCCGUGGCUCUUCUGCGUGCUUCCCGCGACGUUUGGCCCGAAGGAGAAGUCUUUGGCGCUCUUGAAGUAGGACCUGAGGAGGAGCUGCUCCUUUUACGCGAACUCUUUUACGCCGAUUUACCGAGUAUUGCUGGGCACGAGCCAACAAACAGAGAGGAUAGUGAUGCAGCCGAAGACUCUGACGCCAAAGACAUUGAGGAAGAAGAAUUGGCAGCGGAGAGGAGGAGCGAAAAGGAGCUCCACUUCGAGGAAUUCAUUCGCAGGUUUGCACAUAAAAAUGUUGUUCGAAGCUACUGCCAUCUGCUGAGGCGCUACGCCACCAACACGACGCUGACGAACCACUGCAUCGUCAAGAUGCUCCACCGCGUCGCCUGGGACUGUAAAAUGCCCGCCAUGCUGUACCAGCUCUCGCUGUUCAAGACAUUUCAAAUGAUUAUGGACGAUCCGCGCGCCAAGACCGACUCCACCGUCAAAGAGCUGUACAAAUUUGCUAUUUACAUCGUGAGGAAAUUUGCCGAAACGGCGGAAGUCAACCCGAAAAUCUUCGUGGAACUGCUGUUUUGGAAGACUGCCAGCGAGGCGGUCGAAAUUGAAGCCGGUUACGGCAACGUCAAAGACUCGAGCUAUUCGCCUUCCGUCUGGAACGAAGAGGAAGAAGAUGAAUUAGAGAGACUCUAUCACGAAUUCAGAGACGUCCAAGAUGGUGAGGGAGAUGUGGUGGAUCGAAUUUUGGCCAACCUGAUUAAUCAGAACCGCAAUCGACGCGCCGUAAUCAAGAAAAUGAAGGACAUGGGUCUCAUCAUGGACGCCAAGGGCUUGGCCAAAACGAAACGAUCCGUAAAAAUCCGUCCACCCAAGGAAUGGGGCGAUCACGAGAUCGUGGAAUUGCGCCGCAUUUUCGAAGAAGUCCGCGGUUCAUCCGAUCCGUUGGGUUUGCUGAUUGAUCGACUGCCCAUUCCCCGCGGCAAAAGUCGCGUCCGAGACAAGAUCGUGGAACUCGGUCUGGUCGAAGACGUCAAGGAAUUGCGCAAGAAAAAAGUCCGUUCGGCCAAAUCAGCCGGAAGGAAAGAAUCCAAAGGCGAUCAGUCGGACGACGAGGCUCCCAGAGAAGGUCCUGCCAGACUGAACGAUUCCGAAUCAGACGAAGAGGAAAGCGAAAGCGACGAAGAAGAUGACGAGAGCGAAGGUGAAGCUUUAAAGAAUAUGAAACGUAAAGAAAGCAAGUCGAAACGGCCCAAACAGUACGGAUUCGCUAUGAAGAAAACUGAUUAUUUUAGCCCUGAAAUGUUAGCGGCACAACUCCGGCAACUGGUCGACGAUGGCCGUAAAGAAGGAUUAGCCUGGUUGGCCGAGUGCCUUAGUGAAACCCUGGAGGACCGUGAAGAAGAUGGCGGGGGCGAUGAGGCCAUCCCUCUAGUUCCGCUGACGGAGACGGCUAUUGCUUCGAUGGAGGACCACACCUUUUUGAAAUUUAUUGCCAAAAUGGGAUUGGCUCCACCGGCUAACGAACAGGAGCAAUACUGGCGCAUUCCGUCUAACCUCAUGGCGGCUGAUUUGCGUUCCAGGAUCGAUUUUUUAAAAGGAGCGUGCGUUUCGGAGGACGCGAAGAGCGAGCCGGACGAACGGACAGACAUCUCUGGCAACACGAGCGGCAACAAACGGUUGGCUGAUGAAGCGAUUGCGUUGGGCGCGCAUAAACGUCGCCGCAUCGUCAAUUCCGAGUCGUCGAGCAGCGACGACGAGCCGCAAGAUGUUGAACAACAAGACGUUGCAGAUGCGGCUGUUGUUGUUGAAACUUCGUCAACAGCUGCGUCAACAACAAGUCGCAAACGAUUGGCUGUGCUCGACACCAGCAGCGACUCUGAAUGAAAAUCAUUCGGGGGCUCCUCCUAUUAUUUAUUUUUUUUCACCGACAAACAGAGCACUUUCGCAAUAGGUGGGUUUGGAAACAAAACGCAAAGUUGCGUGUUGACAGCAAGAGUCAACCGCCUUUUGUUUGCGUUUCGCAUUUAUUUUUUUUCGAAACUUUUCUUACGUACGUCAGCCGCUAUUCAAAAAGUUUGUUUUGCGUUUGCCAAAUA